AAGAAGAAGAAGAAGAAGAAGAAGAAGAAGAAGAAAAGAAGAAGAAAAAGAAAAAGAAAAAGAAUGUUAUCUUUUCAAUGGAAACUGAAAGCAGUCUCGGGGCUCUUGACAAGGCAACUCUGACCAAGUCACUGAUUUGAGCCAGAAGCAGAGUUGUGAGGAACAGCAGGUGUUGACCCACACGGAGGCAGGACGAGGACUGGUUCACCUGUGCAGAGAAGGAUCAGAGAAAAAGAAGAAAGACAGGGAGAGGGCUGCAGAUGGCAGGCUUUCUUGAUAGCUUCCGCUGGCCAGAGUAUGAAUGCAUCGACUGGGGGGAGAGGAGGAACGCAGUGGCUUCUAUUGUCUCAGGAGUUCUGUUCUUCACAGGCUGGUGGAUCAUGAUUGACGCAGCAGUGAUGUAUCGAUCUCAGGAGCAGAUGAACCAUGCAUUCCACACAUGUGGCGUCUUCUCCACCAUAGCAUUCUUCAUGAUAAAUGCAGUUUCUAAUAGCCAGGUGAGGGGAGACACAUAUGAAGAGGGCUGCCUUGGCAGGACAGGAGCUCGUCUCUGGCUCUUCAUCGGCUUCAUGAUGAUGUUUGGCUCGCUCAUCGUCUCCAUCUUGAUCCUGUUCGGUGGCUACGUGGUGCCAAAGAAAGAAGUGGCACCCGGGCUGGCUGUGUUCUUUCAGAACGCCUUCAUCUUUUUUAGCACUCUGAUCUACAAGUUCGGCCGGACUGAAGAUUUAUGGGGUUAGAGGGUCUGUCUUAUUACUGACUCUUUCUCUCUCUCUCUCUCUCUCUCUCUCUCUCUCUCUCUCUCUCAACACACACACAUCGGCAUAUAAUGUGUUGUAGAUAUUUUUAAUAGUUCUACAUCCCUUUUCAUGUGUUUCCUGAUGUAAAAAUAGUUUUUCUGUCCUUGCCUUGGAGACAUUUGCAUACUUGUCGAUUCAUUUUUUUAAAUGUUUGCAUUAUAAUGAGGGAAUUCCUUUGUUUGUUAUCGAGGACUAAGAAGCCAGGUUCAUGUCAUUGUUAUUAAGUGUCAUGUGUUCAGUGUGUUGAGGGUUACAGUGUAAGGUCACUGUAGGGAAUCAGAAAGGGAAGUACAUUCUGAAGUGGACGUGAGGCUUAACACACGGCCACAGGGGAACAAAGUCCUUUCUGCUGUCUCUACUCUUUUUAAUUUUUUAUAUAUUUCAGAUGAUAUGAGUUUUUUUUUUUUCUUCAUGGGUCUGAUUCAUAUUGGGGUCAGUUUCCCGUUGACAGAUUAGUCGUUCUUCCUCAGGAGGAAGUGUUUUUUUACACUCUGUUUUGUCCUCUUGUACUUUGUCCUUGUUUCGCUCUUGUUUCUACCAGAACAUGUCGUGUAAAGUGAAAUGCAAUUAUUCUGACGGUUUUUGGUAGCAUUUUUGGUGUUUUAAGUAUAGAACAAAUCUUGUGAAGUCAGACUGCUGUAGUAUUAAAGCACUUGUAAUGGACUAAUUUACACUCGUAGCUACAAUAUCACAUAUAGACAUGUGCAUCAAACAAUUUUUUUAACGUAAUAAGAUGGACUUUUACUGUAAAGCUUGUAAAGUGGAUAAAAAUCUGGGAUUUUUGGGUUAUUUCCCAUCUUCCUUUCAACUUUUUUAUCAUUUGUGUAUCUUGUCAAGAGCUUUAAAUCUGAAAAAUAAAGACAUUUUUUAACUGGA